AUGCAUAACCACACGGGAAGGGAGUGGGAAUGGCAUCGCUUACCCGACGCUGCUAACAGCACGCAAAACGUCGCCUGCGAUCCAAACCCGUCAACGGUUCAGUCCGAAAAAGAAAAGACGGCAGAAGAGAAGGAAAAAGAUGAAGACAAGCUGUGGAAAGAUCUGGAGAAGGUCGUCGGCUUGGAUUUGACACAAGAGUUAAAGAAACGCAACCUUUUCAAACCACAGCCGAAAGAAAACAACCAUAAAGUUGCAGUCGUGUUGCCUAAGCCAAACCCUCUACAAACCGAGGCUUCUAUCAGACAAAUUAUGGCCGAGUUGAGCAAAGAGCUGGAGUCUGUCAGCGAAACUGAAGUAGCUGAUGCCAGGACUACAGAAAGUAGUAGAUGUAGUGCCAAGGAAGUCACAUCAUUGGGGGGUGGUGCAGAGGUGACGACAGGGAGAGUUGGGAGAGGGGGUAGGGGUAGGGGGAGGAGGGGUCGAAGGACAGGCAGGAACAGAAGCGUUGAAAAAGACGCAGAUUACAUCAUUGGAUCUGAUAUCACAGCCUCCACAAAACCAGCGAGAGGUAAAAGAAAAGCGUCUGUACCGCGAGGAGGUCCGGGAAAACGUCCACGGCGCUCACCGAGGACUCCUACGAAAUCUAAGGAACCCAAAGAAGUAACCCUGACCAAGAAAGAUCACAAAAAGCCCCUCAAAAAGAGUCCGAUAUUGCUAGACCUGUUGGGGAAGUCAGGACACAGUUUGGGUACCGUGGACAGCAAGAUUGGUACAGCAAACCUACAAACACAGAACUGUCACGCUGAAGGCAGUUUUGCUGUCAAAGGGAGUACGGACGUAGCAAGCAAAGUUGUCAUGACUGAAAGGGUUUGUAAAGAAGGACACAACGUCGCAGACCCGUCUGCAGUGGUCCAUCAGAAAAACUGUAGUUGCUGUGCCAAGGAGCUACACCUGGCGUUCCCGAAUAAGGUCAACAUGCGUGCGUUGGUGGACCAGCGACCGUUCUACUGUAACGUCUGCGGCGCCCGGUACAACGAGGAGGCAACACUGCGCAUGCACAUGAGGCUGCACCCGCCCGGUUCGCAACCCGCGCCGCCGCUACGCAAGAACGAGCAGGGACAGUUCAUUUGUGUUGUGUGCGGGGGCAAGUUCAGCGACAAGGAUGAACUGAUACGACAUUCCAGGAUACACCCUCUUCUGUAUUAAUGAUACUCCCCUUUAUUGCUGCUUCAUGGCUGACUUUUCAGAAAGCAAAAUAGCAUCAGGUGUAACAAGCUGGUAAAUACCCCCCAGCAGGAAUGUACCCGGGGUACAUUUUGGUCAGGAGUAUGUACUGGCCUGCUACACCAGUGAGAUGUUAUUGCCAAUGUUAAACGCAAGUCUUUCACUGAUGUUUCACAGAUGGUUUUUGCUCAUAUAAGGCCACAGUAAGUAAAUUUUU